AUGGAUUCCGUUGGACGUGCACGUGGACGUGGUCGAGCUAAUUUAUUUAAUUUAACUGGCCAAACGGAUGUUAAUCCUCGGCCAGGUGCAUUUGCAAAUUCUGCUGCAGCUGUUUCAUCAUUCUCAGCAACUAGUUCGGCCUCAUCUGUACUAACAUCAACAACGCCUACAGAAAAACAACCACCAACAUCAACAGGGACGUCAUAUGAACCUGUAUCUUCAACGACAAAAUCAACUAUUGAUAAGCCUCGUCGUGGAAAUGCACCUGUAAUAAUGUCAGCACCACGAGGCAAAGGUGUUGAACAUCUUGUAUCCGAUUUAGCUACUCUAUCGACAAGCGACCGUCAAACUGGUUCCGGACGAGGAACACCAUGGUCAAAUAUAGGCCUACCAAAAACGAAACCAUCUCAUAUUGAUGAUAAACGAGGUGUUAGUGGUGAUCCCAUUAGUAUUGUUGCGAAUUAUAUUCGUAUUCUAUCGAAACCAACAUGGCAACUUUUUCAAUAUCAUAUUGAUUUCAAUCCCGAAGAAAUGGUCGUACAACGAAAAAUGCGUCGAGAAAUGGUUCUUCAACAUAAACAAAUUUUGAAAGAUGUAGCUUUCGAUGGAACGACGCUUUAUUCAUUUGAAUAUAUUGGCGAUGAACGAACAUUUCAAUGUCAACAUACAGUCACCGGCGAUCCUGUUGAAAUGCGUCUUCGUUUAACAGCAAAAAAUUCACCGGAUUCACCAAAUUUCUUUCAUCUUGCCAAUUUAAUUGUUCGAAAAUUAUUAGAAUUAUCUGGCUUAAGACUCAUCGGUCGAAAUUAUUAUCAAUUCGAUCGUAAAGUUGAUUUAGAACGUUAUCGUUUAACACUUUUCCCUGGAUUUUUAACUAAUGUCAAUAUUUAUGAAGGUUCAUUGAUGAUUAAUGUUGAUUUAUCACAUAAGGUAUUAAAUAAAACUACUGUAUUCAAUCGUCUUCAAGACAUAUUUACACAAUUUGUUGAUUUUAAACGUGCACAAGAUGAAGCAACAAAAGAACUUGUCGGACAAAUUGUGUUGACAACCUACAAUUCAAAAACAUACAAAAUCGAUGAAAUAGCCUGGGAUAAGUCUCCGAAUUAUACAUUCAAAAAACGAGAUGGUACCGAUGAAACUUUAGUUAAAUAUUAUUAUGAUCGUUAUCAAUUGAAAAUUGAAGACAUAACUCAACCGUUACUUAUAAGUAAACCAUCGAAAAAAGAUCGACGUGCUGGACAAACAGGUCCACUUAUGCUUAUUCCUGAAUUGUGCUGUGUGACAGGUAUAUCCGAUGUCAUGCGAUCGGAUUUUCAAUUUAUGAAAGAAUUAGCAACUCAUACACAUAUUGGGCCAAUGUCACGUUUUGAGAAAUUAACAGAAUUUUGCCAUGAUAUUCAAAAUAAUCAAGAAGCUAAAGAUGAAUUGAAAAAAUGGGAAAUUAGUAUAGAUACAGGUUUAGUUGAAUUCGAUGGUCGUCUUCUUGAAUCCGAACAAAUUCUUUAUGCAAAUCGUUCUAUUCGUUAUAAACAUGACGAAGCUGAUUGGAGCCGAGAAGGCCGCAGUUUAAAACAUAUAUCAUGUAAAAAUCUCAAAAAUUGGAUUGUUUUCUAUCCAUCAUCAUUACGUGAACUGGGUGAUGAACUUAUUAAUGCACUUUAUCAAGUAUGUGUACCAUUUGGAAUGGAAGUUGAAUAUCCAACUGUAAUGCAAUUACCAAAUGAUCGGCCUGAAACAUAUUUAAGUGCAUUGCCAGAAAAGAUUCAGAAAAAUACAGAUCUCGUUCUUUGUGUAUUACCAAAUAAUCGCAAAGAUCGAUACGAUGCUUUGAAAAAAUACAUGUGUCUUGAUAAUCCAGUACCUUCUCAAAUGGUUUUGGCGAAAACAAUUUCCAAGAAAAAUCAACUUAUGUCUGUUGCGACUAAAAUUGGUAUUCAAUUAAAUGCAAAGCUUGGCGGUGAAAUUUGGGGUGUGACUAUUCCGUCGAAAACAUUGAUGGUUAUUGGUAUGGAUUCAUAUCACGAUUCAAAAAGAAAAGGUGCAAGUGUGGGCGCAUUUGUUGCUUCGACAAAUGUCACAUGUACCCGAUUCUAUUCACGAGUUAUUUAUAAUCGUACAGCUCAAGAAUUGAUGGAUGGUUUACAACAAUGCAUGCGAGAUUCGCUCAAAGAAUAUCAUCGAGUCAAUAAUACAUUACCGGAAAAAAUUGUACUCUAUCGAGAUGGUGUCUCCGAUGGUCAAUUAGCUAUCGUUGCAGAACAUGAAUUACCUCAAAUUAUUGAUACAUUUCCUAAAAUAAUGCCUGGAUAUCAGCCGAAACUUGCAGUAGUUAUUGUUAAAAAGAAAGGAAAUGCUCGAUUCUUUGCUAAAAUGGGAAGUACAUCAAUGGUCAAUCCUCCACCGGGUACAAUUAUCGAUCAUACAGUUACUAAUGCUGAAUGGUAUGAUUUCUAUCUAAUUUCACAAUGUGCUCGGCAAGGAACAGUUGCGCCGACUCAUUACAAUAUAAUUUGGGAUCGAACAAAUUUCAAAGUCGAUCAUAUGCAACGGCUUACUUUUAAACUUACUCAUUUAUAUUAUAAUUGGCCAGGAACAAUUCGUGUGCCAGCCGUUUGUCAAUAUGCUCAUAAAUUGGCUUUUCUUGUUGGUCAAAGUUUACAUCAGGAUUUCAAUCCUGAACUAGCUGAUCGCCUUUUCUAUCUAUAA